ACUUUCACCCCCGGGAAAACGUGUUUGAAGCGAGGGACGUUUUGAAAGCGUUCACGGUUGUAUGUGAGAAGGUUUACCCAACUCUUGGUCGACAGUCGCUAAUUAAAUACAGAAUUUAGUACAGUGGUCUUAUUCAGGCAGCACGAAACUCGAGCAUGUAAAUUAACAUUUAUCUCGGCAGUUUACAACAUGUUUUCCUAGCUAGCGAUGGGCAUACUUUGCCAGUGCAUAUUCCGGUGAUUCAUGUUUGCAGCGUUCUGAUGUCAUGCAUGUGCUUAAUAGGUAACGUUAUCCAACUACAUUUAGUAUUAUGUAACAAUCCAAUUCUGAUUUGGAGAACGGUGAUUUCAGUGCCGUUAAAUUAUGUGUAUUUCGUGCAUUUUAAACGUAUCGUUGAAAAAAAUCUUCCCACUGCAACAUCUUGCAUUUAGCAGUGGAUCCCAUCUAAAGAUAUCUACAAAGAACAUUUAAAAUGAUUUAUCGGGUCAUCCCAGCGUAAUCAGAUUGGAAGGUAGUUCGCCUUGGGAUUAAGUACUUCUCAUUGCAAGAUACAAGCAGUAAAAGAGCUUUACUUUAUUCUUAGCGCCAUGGCAGUCGUGUCUGCAGGACCGGGUACUGAGAAGCUCCCGGUGAAUGUUUUCUCUGGGUUUAUGUGUGUGUGCUUUAUUCGUGUAGAUUAGGCAAAGUAAACGCGAAUACCACACACCGUGCGACUCUCUCCGGGAAAGUAUGGAUCUGGGUAAAGCGAAGCUCCCCAGGACGGGUUUGAACGUGCUGCAGCAGGCAGUUCACCCGGUGCACGGCAUCGCCUGGACGGACGGGAAGCAGGUGUGCCUGACCUCGUUCCGGAGCCCGGACGGCGCGGAGCCCCGGUUUGGCGACACCAACGUGAUCGGGCAGUUCGAGCACGUGCUGGGGCUGCGCUGGGCACCCCUGGGAUGCACCGGUUCGCCUGCGCUGCUCGCCGUGCAGCACAAGAAGCAGGUGACGGUGUGGCGGCUGCAGCGCGACGCUGGGAACGAGUUGCGGUGUGCGCGGGCGUGUGAGGCGAGCGAGCCGCUCCCCCUCCUGACACAGGGCUGCGUGUGGCACCCCAGAGAGGACACACUCGCACUGCUGACACGAAGGGAUGUGUGUGUGCUGUUUUCCGUGCGUGGGGAGGCGGGGCGUGUUAGGGCGGAGCUCCGGGAGGGCGGGGCCGUCAACUGCGCCUGCUGGGCGGGGGAGGGGCCUCGGCUGGUGGUUGCCAUGGGAACGUGCCUGAGGGUGUUUGUGUGGAGUGAGGCUGAGCGGACGCUGGCGGUGUGUGCAGUCUGCCCCCUGCUGGACGUGGGCGGGAGUGUCUGUGCACUGGAGGCUGUGGGGGGCGCCCAGGUCGCCGCGGCGACAGAGCUGCCACUGGAUGCGCUCUGCGGGCUGAACUCGGGAAUGGCCUUCGAACUGCCCCCCGCCCCUGCCCACUCCCCCUCGCCGACACAGCCCCAGGAUUCCGGGCUGGAUUCACGCCGGCGCUCCGUGGACUGGGAUCGGUCGCUGUUACCUGGUCUCCGGGCGGCCGUGGCCUCCGGGCCGGUGGAUCUGACGCACAUCCUGUCCCAGCCACGGCGGUCAGAGCCCAGCCUGCUGCUGCAGCGCCGCGACACGCUAACGGGCUCCGGACAAGACUCUUCCCACCUGGCGUUGCUGACCUUUGACCCCCGGGCUGCCCCCUGCAGGCUGAGUAUCCCGGGCAUCCUGACCCCUGACCUGAUUGCCGUGGCGCCCAGCGGCCGAGCUGUCGCCGUGGCGUCCAACAGUGCCAGCCUCGUCCUAGUGUACACAGUCUCCACGGCGACCACGCCCAGCCUUCAGGCCGUCUCCACGGCGACCACGGCGACCAAGGCCAGUCCGCAGCAGAUCCGGCUGCAGCCGCACGAGCGGCCGAAGGGGCUGCGUUUCCUUAGCGACCGCCGGCUGCUGCUCAUGGUUGGCCGGCAGAGGUCAUGUGACCCGGCCUUCCUGCCAUCCUCCACCUCAGAGCGGUACGAGCUGCAGCUGCUCAGUAAGGACCUCCAGCUCGACACAGAGGCGUCCAGAGACCUGCCGGCACAGAACCCCCCCUCCCUCAGCGGCCCCAGGGAGGAGCAUUUGGGGGGUAUGGGGGCGCUGCUGCUGCCGGGGGGGGUGCGGGGCCCCUCCCUCAGGGGGAGGAGGCUGGUAGAGGAGGUGCGGAGCGAGGGGUCCAGCCCCACUCUCAGCCUGACCGAUCUCUCCGACCCCGCAGCCUCCUGCUCCUCCAUCACCGUGGAGACGCUGGCGUCAGAGCCCCGGGGCGGGGGGGGGUCGCCGCAGUUACAGCCCCCGGACCCCCCCCUCCCGCUCGCUCAGAGCAUGGAGCGCAUGUUCGCCCGCUUUGGCCAGAUGCAGCACUGCUUAAAGGAGCUCCGGGACCUGGCCCUAAACGGGAGUAAGGCCUGGGGCAGCUACCCCCCCCGCCAAGAGCCCCCCUACGUCAUCGUCUCCUGCCAGACGCAGGUCUCGGAGAGCGUGUUCAUGGAGGACAGGAGGUCUGUGCUGCUCUGUGACAGAAAGCUCUGCCUGCAUGUGUUGCUGGAGCUUUUCAACAUGCGUGUGCUGGAAAUGCUGCACGGAUCGCAGUGGAUCGUCCUGGUGGCCGACGCAGACGGGUUUGUGCCGCUCACGUUCAGACCGAAGGAGGAGCUCACGGUGCGGGACGGCAAAUACAAAUUACCCAGAACCCCCGGCGGUGACACUCCGUCAGACAGCCUGUCCUGAUGGGGCCUGGGGCAGGACAUUCCUACCUGUGGAAACUGCUCCAGGUGUGAGAUCACAGACAUGUGAUCAGAAUGUUCGUAACUGAACAUUCUAAUGCUGAUGUCACAAUCACUGCUGGAACCGAAAGUAAUGAAGUUCUGAACACCUGCUCUUCAGAUCUAAAAAAAACCAAGUCAGGUGAAUCUGCUGUAAUCAGCUGCUUUAAUUGAUUAAUUAAAUUAAAUGAAAGUGUGCAGUAACAACGAAAUCCAGCAAACCUUGCAGCCCUGGGCCUAGUUACAGCUCAGACCUGCAGCGCUUUCUAAAACACCGCACUCCCGCCUGGGACUGUGUGAAAGGACCGCCUCCCUUCCUCCCGGGGGUUUGGAUUCAGAUCAUCAUCAUCAUCAUCAUCAUCAUCCUCUAUGUCUGCCUGUGUGUAUCUGUAAUUCAGUAUGGAUAUAUUUUUUAAACAGGAAUUACAGGAAUUCACUGAUGUGAAAUUAAAGAUCUGUUACUUA